ACAAUUAAUAUCACAAACGAUAAAAGUUAAUUUAAAGUUAAUUAACAAUUAAAUAAUAAUGAGUAAAUUAAACGCAAUAGUGGGCACAAGUACUUUAGCUUCUGCAAGAAUGUAAGUUAAAUAAUAAUAUAAUAUAACAUUUUUUAUAAGAUCCACAUUAGUAUUGGUAACCAUGGCAACUUAUUCCAAUCGGAUGGACUAUGGACAGACACAGCAGACGUACUUGAUAUACGCGUAAUACCUAAUUAUACUACGCAGUACUUUUAUAAUAGUACAUAUAACUAUCUACAGUAGAGAAAUCUAUAAUCAAGAAGACGUAAUUAAGAAAAUCGGUUACCUACCAAAAAUAUUGACAGUAUAAUUGAAAGUAAAGAGUUUAUUUUAAGACAGUUAUAAAUUUGUACAGCGAAAAAUAUGCUAACGAACACUCAAUCUACUGGGAAUAAUAUCCAGCUUGUAGUAUAAAUCACGUUUUAAAGGUAGUUGAUAAUGACAAAAGUUUCAACGGCAUCUAAUAAAUCGUUACAUCUAACCGGGAUCGGAUUGGCAGUCCAGGCGUUUUAUAUAAAUUUAACACUGGACACUGUGCUGGGUGGUGAUUUUGUUCAGUUAAAGCCUGCAGGACCACCCAUCAUAAAUCCGGCGGGAGUCUGGAGCGUGGACCAAGUACCCCAGGGAUAUGCUACAGCUGGCAGUAAUUUGGCGUUAAACGGAUUGCAAGCGUUACAGGCGUUCGGUGGAAACAAAAUCGAUGCCAACGGAUAUCGAGACCAGAAUGGGUUCUACCGAGACAAUAACGGUGCACUGAACGGAUAUGACGUCGGCAAUACGUAUGGCGGUGUCAACGACCGUGGCGUUACAAGUGUCGAGGGCGGAGCGUAUGGCGGCAUAAAUGGACGGAACAAGGGACAUCAAGUUGCCGGAUUCAGCACUUCGUAUCAAAAAAACGAGAGCGGCAAUAAGGCUACGUAUUAUGACGACGGUCUUGGACACGGCGGAGUGAUUCAGUAUGGUGCAAAAGACCAAAGGUUCAGAGACGGUGAAGGCAAGGCGUUCGGCGGGGGCUACCACGAUUCGUCGGUGAAGACGAACGCGGUCGGCCAACAAGGCCAGUACGGCAACGGCGACGGUUACCACACCGCCGGCGGCCAGACCGGCGACGCCGUCAACAAUCAGCUGUACGGCACGCGGUCCGACAGCGGCCCGGGCAUCGUGGCCGGCACGCCGUUUUUGGUGUCCACGGCCGACCCGCUGCCGCCGGUCGUCCACCUGCCGCCGCAGUACGUGCAACAAGCCCCGCAGUACGUGCCCGCGGCCCCGCAGUACGUGCCGCAGGCCACGUACGCGCCCCAGGCCGGCACGCAGUACGUGCCGCAGGCCCCGUACAUCCCGCAGGCUCCGUUCGUGGGCCAGGCCCCGUUCGCGCCCCAGGCCCCGUUCGCGCCCCAGCUCCCGUUCGCGGGCCAGGCCCCCGUUUUGUACCAGAACAACAUACCGCAAUUGCCGCCGGUCAUACAGCAGCAGCCGCCGGGAUCGAUACUGCCGCCGUACAACGUGCAAUUGCCCGCCCUCUCGCUGUCGGCCCGCUCGCCGUCCGGCCAAUACGUCGUGCCCAUGCCGCCCAAGCUGUACGUGGACAAGCCCAACGCCACCAAAACGGACGGUUGACCACUACAAUCCGUUAUUAUUGCAGUAUAUUAUUAUUACGUUGUUGUCUAUUAAUACAUUAUAUAUUAUAAUAUUAUUUACGAUGUCAUGGCGAGUCGAUGGUUGUUCGUUCGGAUUAGAUUAUAUAACAACAAUAUUAUGAUGCGUUUCCGUGUUUA